UUAGCGCAUGCGCAGUGACGUUUCGUGGGCACGUUCGGGUGGUUUUACGGCACGUCUCCUUACAAAAAAAACAUUCCUCACGUUUGUGUGUUGUUUAGUCUACAGCAAAAGUCGGUCAUGUCGGUAAGCGACAUGUUUUCCUACAUUCAAGGCUUCCUGAGUGCAGACCAGGACGUCCGAGAGGAAAUCCGUAAAGUGGUACAAGUCCUGGAGCAGACAGCCAGAGAGAUACUGACUGUACUCCAAAGUGUCCACCAACCGUCUGGAUUCAAGGAGAUUCCGGACAAGUGUACAAAAGCCAGGGAGUUGUUCUGCACGGUCCGCACACACAUUGCUGACCUGAAGACCAAGUUUCCAGUGGACCAGUACUACAGGUUUCAUGAACACUGGCGCUUCGUCCUGCAGCGUUUGGCUUUCCUGGCGGCCUUCGUCGUCUACCUGGAGAGCGAAAGCCUCGUGACUCGAGAGGAAGUGGCUCAGAUUCUGGACAUUGAGGUGGUGCGGGACAAAGGCUUUCACCUGGAUGUGGAGGACUACCUGGCGGGGGUGCUGAUCAUGGCCAGUGAACUGUCGCGUUUGGCCGUCAACAGCGUGACGGCGGGCGACUACAACCGCCCGCUCCGCAUCUCCAACUUCAUCAACGAGCUGGACUCGGGCUUUCGUCUCCUCAACUUGAAGAACGACCCGCUUCGCAAACGCUACGACGGCCUCAAGUACGACGUGAAGAAGAUCGAGGAGGUGGUCUACGACCUGUCCAUCCGAGGCCUGGCCAAGGAGCCUGAGCACGGGGGAGGCAAAUAAUAGACUGGGAAUUGGGGGCAGGGAAUUUGGAUCAAAGGGCCCCACCACACCCGGACGUCCAAAACCAGGUUCAGAUUGAGGGCCCAGCAGCCAAAGACGGACUGUGUGUGCGUGUGUGAUAAUCAGUGCUCCACUUCAGGGGUGUCCAUACUUUUUCCAACAAGGCCGGGAUACGGAAGAACGGAAGGAUUUUGGAUGCAGCAGAACCAAUCCAGUGUAGGGCCGUACUAAUACUGUAUAUGAAUCGGGUCGGAACAUCCUGGAUCCCAGCUCUUUAUCAAAUGUAACAUUUCCGGUUGGACUUCGGACACCCUUGUUCUAGUUGUAGGUCAGCAAGCCAUGCCGCUGUGGAUUGGCUCCCUCUGAAGGAUUUGCUCCGAGAAUUCCUGAAAGGAUGUCUUUUUUUUUUUUUGGUGACUUUAUUUGCAAAAAAAAAAAAAUUCAUUUCUCCAGUUUUUGUUUCCUUACCAAAUUGUAUUUGCGACUUUCGUGAAGGAAUAGUUGAAGAAAUCUUGGAACGCUGCUCCUUCAAACGUGGACCUGAUGUGCGGUUCUGCAUGUGCCAUCAUCUUUGUGCGUGUUGUGUUCAGCGUGUGUACCUUCCUUAAACUUUAAAUACAUUUGUAUGCGCAGUGUG